UAUGUGACUAACUAAUGUUUUCUUUUUAGCUAUUUAAUUGUUUAGUUAAAUUUCAAACUAAAAAAAGGAAUCUUAUUAGAUUUGAAAAUUGCCAAGCAUUGGCGCAGUAAAGCAAGAUGCCGGUGGUGGAACUGAAAGUGGAUCGCAACCUGGUGUGCUCGGACUUUUCUGGCUACAAAUUGGCAUUCGAUUCGGUGCCUGUUCUUCGCCAGGAACUUGGAUGUGAUGCCUACGUGCUGGAUCCGAGCAGCAAUCAGUUCUCGCUGCUGCACACGGAGCUCUUUGCCCGACACAAUCACCUGGUAGCCGAUCCAUGGAUGCGCCACUGCAGCUACUUCUUUAACAAGCGCCACCAGCUGGUGCAGUGCAACUACGAUCUACAGACUGGACGCGCACGUGCCCAGCGCGUUGUCCUCACGGUGGACUAUAGGGAUCAGGGCGAUGGGGAACUACAUCGGUCGGGUGACUACAACUACACCAUAGUUUUCGUUUCGGAACGAUUCUGUGUGAUCUGCGACGGUAUAACCAGUUACCAUCUGGUGGACACCGGCGACAGAACGCGCACCGAUGUGCAGGAGUGGCAACGGAUUACACGCUCGCCGGUGAAUAAUAACAGUGGUCAUCGCGGCUUUGCACUCUUCGAUGCCCGGCUGGAUGUGCUGCAGGAACGUAAGCAGAUCUCGCUGGUGGCCGGUCAUGUGGCACGCCGUGAUGCAGUUGGCCAAGAUCAGACGCACGUCUAUUACAUGGACUUGACCUGGGCACGGUGGACUCAUUCGCCCACCAAUGACGAGUGGUCAUAUAAUAUCUGUCAACGGCUGGAGACCACUGGCUCUGUGCACUACUGCGCCUUUGAGCCUCGCGCCGAGUCCCUAGUCAUUGCCAGCAACCGCGAUGUUCAGACUCCCGAGGAGCGUCGGGCAGCCGAUGAAGCAGCCGCUGCCCGCUUGAAUUCCUCAGGUGAUCACGAUGGCCAGCUGGAAAAUGGAGGUCCACCUAGUUAUAGCUGGUCCCAAACGGAUAAUAAUGUGCUCAUUCGUUUCAAUGUUCCUUCAACUGCAUCCGCUAAAGAGUUUAACGUGAGCGGUUCUAAAACCACUGUCGUUGUAAAGCAUCUGGAUGAGGUUAUAUUCGACGAAGAGUUAUACGCCAGUGUGGGAGAUGAUUUAAGUGCAUUUAAGUUGGCUGAGAAUGGCCUAGAAUUGUCACUAACCAAGGCGGAGAUUCAGAACUGGCCACGUUUGUUCGCGCAGAAGAAAGAUGACGUAGCGGAGGAAGUACAUCCAAUGGAAGCUCCACCACUGCCCAUUCCAAGUCUGCAGGAUCCCGUUGAAGAAUGUGACUUAAUAUCCGCUGAUGAAGAAAUGAAGAUGGUACGCUUCAAUUUGACCAGCGGGUGCAUCACCCACACUAUUUUUCUUGGUCCCCCGCCACUGGUGCUCACCACCACGCUGCGUCCUGGCUUUCCAGCCGCCUUUGCUACCCGCCAGGGCGUCGACGCCUCCAUAUGGCUACAGAUGUACCAGCCCAGUCGUCCAGAUGAAUGGAGUGUCCGCCACGAGGGCCAGCUGCACGCCUUCGGCUACGUGCAGGCCUCCAAGGUUGUGCGGAAAUUCACCGUCUGCAGUCCGGAUCUGGAUUACGUAGCCAUAUGUGACCCUGUACGCUACGUUCUCGUCUACUUUCCGGCUAAUAAUUCGGCUGAUGGUCUCCGCAGGCGAAACGGACCUCCCGUCACCUUGGGUAAACAAAAGCUCAUCACCUUGGGCAACGAGAUUGACGAGAUUCUGGGCAUAACCACGGCAAACAAUCUGAUCACCGUUCUCUCCAAGAAAGAACUGAUACACCUGCAGGUGUAGACGGUGUUCCGCUUUUCUUUUUUUCUCCAUUUACUCUUAAAGAAUUAUGGCUUUACAAUUCAAAUUCUGAAAUGUACAUUUUUAAAAAAUUAGUACUUUUAAAAUUUAUAAUAUAAAUAUAUAAAAAAAAUAUAUAUAUGUAAAUUUUUAAUCAUAUAUGUAUAC